AUGCCUACUGGAUUCGAGAUCGCUGGUCUAGCUCUUGCCAUCUUCCCGAUUAUUAUCGAGGGGAUUAAAUUCUACGCGAAUGAGAAGGACGCUGUGAGCGACAUAUUAAACUAUCAGCGACUUCUCACCCGUAUUGCUCGAGAUUUGGAUCGUGAACAAAUCAUUUUCCGGAACUCAUGCCAACGGUUCUUGGAAGAUAUUGCUGCACACUGUAGCGUUGGAGAAGAUGAGCUGUCUGGGAUGGUUCAGAACCCGAAAGACCCCCGAUGGACGCAGGGACUUUUAGUCAGGGAAGAAGUUUUUCACCGGGCUUCUGUCCAGCAGUAUCUUCACGCUGUUGAGGAUAUGCACGAAGAGUUAUCAAAGGUCAAAGAACUCAUCGGGAUACAAAGUGGAAGCGGGCAGCCAGCACUUCUCGAUAAAAAGACACGCCGGCGGCAGUGGAAGAAGAUUAUCCUCGUGCUCAAGAAAGAUUCAAUCACCGACCACCUAGCCAAAGCCGAGAAGCUCAAUUCAUUUCUCGCCCGACUGACCGAGCAAAAUCAACCAACAGCGACCAAUCGUCAUGCUUCUCGGAGAAGCACAAAACACUAUAAACGCAUUCGAUCUCAUGCGAUCGAUCUCUACAAUAUUCUCAAGGCUCAAUUCCCCGCCCAUCCAGCCUGCGAAUGCGCCCUACAGCCGCAUCAUGUCAAUAUGAGAUUAGAGUUUCGCAGUGCACAGAGCACAGCAAAGGGACUAUAUUUCCAUACAAUCUUCACCUCGGAAACUGCCUUCAACUCUUCAUCGAACUGGCGCGAGAUCGAAAGCGAGCCGUGGGGAACGAAUCCUGCCGAUCUCUGUCAGGAUACUAUACACAGCGCUCAAGUUCAAUUCGUCGUCACCCCACCGGUAUCAUCUCAGGGAAGCUCUGUAUCUACCAAUGAACCCGAAAUAUCAAAUCUCUGCGCAGUGAUCACCGGGCCUGCUUCGAAGGAUUGGCUUGGAUGCAUCGCUAGUCACAAAGGACAACAGCAUCGGAUCCGUGCAAUGGACCAUCAAAAACGAUUACCAGCAUUUGACACUAUCGAAACGGUCUCACUAGGGGACGUUCUCGGAGACAAUUGCUUUGGCGAAGAACAACGACUUCGACUUGCAUUAAAACUAGCAUCAUCAGUGAUGCAACUCCACACAACCGACUGGCUCACAGAUUACUGGAGCAAAUCCGACAUUUCAUUCCUCCGGUCUUCAUACGGAGUGAUCGACUUUGACAACCCUCUAAUCGGACGUACUUUUGGCAAUACCAGCUACAGUAUGACGACACUCUCACAGAACCUCCCGCGACCAAUGCUCCAUGCAUAUAUCCCUUGCCUCUUCUCAUUAGGAAUCGUACUUUUGGAAUUACGCUAUCGAACUUUGUUCGAGGAUCUCAAGACGGAGCAUGAACGGACCAUGAUACCCGAAAUCUCCGAUCUUGCGACCGCACGCCGACUAUCCUCUGAUAUGGUCGGCAGUCCUAAUUAUCGAAAUGCCGUCCUGCGCUGUAUCUUGGGUCUAGACGCGGCGUAUCAGUCUCUGACGGAGGCAAAGUUCCAGGAUGAAGUGGAGGAUAAGAUUGUCUUUUUGCUUGCUGAGGAUCUAAAGACUUAUUGUGCCAAGGGAUCGGUCGAGGCCUGUCUAUAG